UCUGUAAUGUUUUCUUCGUAACGCACACCAAAUUUAAAUAUAUGAACCCUCUACUUCAAGGCAUCAAGAAGAAAAUUGCUGCAGCAGCACAAACAAAGGCACACCAAAUACUAGGCCUGUGGUGUGAGAGCAUCAUAAGGCACUUGUACUGGUGUGCAAAAACAAGUUCCGACAAUGGAGAGGAGCUACUGGCCAAGUGGACUUCUGUCAUGCGUCAUGUCAUCAAUGUCCACACGCACCCCAAUGCAUUGCACCCAAGAUGCUUUCAUGAUGACACCGGAGAAAGGCUGUGGCUUCUCGAAGGCACAGAACCAUUCAUGAAGCUUCACAGCAUUCUCAUGUCAAAGUACCUGUUAGUUGACAUCCCGAAGCUGUCUCCACGCGACCAGACCUAUGGACUUGAAGCCUACCAUAGCCUCCUCAUCCAUUUUGCACCAAAGUCGCACAGCUACACAUAUGAAGGCAUGCUGGCAAGGACCCAGAUUGCUGCACUGCACUAUAACUUCAACAGUGCCAGGAUAGUGCUAAAAAAUGACGACGGAACUGACAAGUAUGUCCUGAAAGGGUCUAAACCAAAGAAACAGUGGGUUGUCAUUCCACUGAAGGAAAAUGUGUCAUAUGGUAAGUACACUUAUAAACACUUCAUGUUGUAUGUGUCACAUGCUACACACAGUUUCAAAAAAAUACUAUACAUUUCCGGCUACGUGGACAAGCUAUUCGCAGAGCUCUUCAGAUGUUUGAGCAAGUGGCCAACAUAUGAAAGUGCCGAGAGGGCAAAUGCACGUGUGCAGCGGCCAACACUGUGCAGCUCCUAUGGAGAGAAGCCAAGCAUCGAAGAAGUUAGGCAGAAUCAUUGGAGUCGAUUCCAAAGAUAGAUACACCCGUAUGCAAGGUAGGCCGCUGGUGCAAUCACUGGUUGCUUGUAAUGCGAUUCGAUAUGACCAUGCAUUAUCACAGUUGAAGGGAGACUGCACACAGAGAAGAAUGAAAGGAAUGCCCUUGUAGCUGAUGCUUUGGAUGUGUAUCACACUUCACACAAAAGGUAAAGGUGCCUCUUUUAGACGUAAAGCACUGAGAGAAACAAAAAUAAUGCAAUCAAUGCAAUUUUCACCCUGAUUUUCCUAAGUCUAUCACCCAGCACAAGGCCCUAAUUUACGCACUAGCUAGCAUUUAUAUUGUGGUGUGUGACACUCGCAUAAUUGUAGGUUGCUUGGAGCAGGUGAGCUGGAUCAGCUGUAGUGAUGAUGGUAGUGUCUGUGCUCCUGAACUGACCUUGACAAACUCGUGACAAAAUGUGGACUACAGGUUAGGUUUUAUUUGAUUGUAGGCAUUGUAAUCUGCAAAAUUAUAUGCAUGUAUAGGAUGUUUCUAGAAAAUCUCCUCUUACGUGAACCUUAAUCCUACAUGCAUGUAACAAGAUACAAGACAAGUGGGAUAUGACAGCUCAUGCACACCACGACAGGGGCAACAGAUGAAAAUUAUGACCGUGAUUGCCAGGUAGGAUACCACUGGGAAGCCAGUAUAUGAUAUGUCAUUGCAUAUGUUAUGUAGGCAAACUGAGGAAACGUCAGUAUAAUUCAUUAUCACAGAUGACGGCAAAAUGGUGCAAUGCGAAGAAUGGUCUGUUUUUAAUUGUGGCUGCCUUCUCACUGAAGAUAAGUAUUGCACGUACAUACAAUCUUAUACAUAUAAAAUAUAGUAGGUUACAAUGACUUGAGAAACAACACAGUAUGGCAUUGGUAUAAUUAUCUCUUGCAGGUAGUCUGGCUGAAGGUAGCACCUUGAGAACAGGUGAUUGCAGUUGCCAUGUAGGAUACUUUUGGGACGCUGGUACGCGAUAUAACACUGAAUAUAUUAUGUAAGCAAACUGAGCAAACAUCGAUAAAAUGCGUUAUCACAGAUGAAGGCAAAACGGUGAAAUGCGAAGAAUGGCCUGUGCUGUUUGGUUAUGGCUGCCUUCUCACCUAAGAUAAGUGUUACAGUUAGUUGGAUAAUAGAACCUCUGCAUCCUCGAAUGCACUUGUAGCUGCCGCCUAUUCAUACACGUCGGCUCGAACAGCGAAUGGUCCAUGACGCAGUCGACGCCUUCUUCGUCACACACAACUGCCGUUUGGUCAAUGUAGCGGCAACACAGCCACUCGUCUGCUUCGACCAUUCGGCAGCGACCACACAGGCACCUAGUGAUAAACUUUAUUACGGCCUAAACUGCACAGAAAGGGUAUAGGGGAAGCUGGAAACGUCUCUUACCCAUCUGUGGAGCCCUGUGAAGCGUCCUCUGCGCAUUCGUCGCUCGACGCGUCGCUGACGCUCACGUCACGUGGCAAAGGGUCGGUCACAAACGGCGAUUCUCCGUGAGAUGAAAUAAUAAUUUCAUCGUCAUCGAACUCGCAAUGACUGGAUGAAAUCCCUACAGAAACGUCCGUCGGCAUAGCUUUAGACAGUUUCGGAUGCGGCGCGAUCGCAGCUGAACCAGUGACAGAAUGCGACACCACCCACCACGGACGAGAAGCCAGUGACGUCACCGGAAGACACGAGCAAGGCGAAGCGAGGGAGCGCCGUUUGAACAGGAAGUAGACGUCUGCUUUCAGAAGUGGCGUUUUUCGUGUUUUGCAACGAAACAUGAACGUAUUUCGCGAAACUUUUGCUGUUUUAUCGUGAUGGAAGGCUUCCUGAAUUCAAUGUGACACCAUGUCCGAGAAACUUGUUUUUUCGCGGACACAACCUUUAAAGGGAGACUCCGGGACAAUCCGAAACUAUUAUAAUGGCUGCGUAUAUAUGUCCGAUACAUUCUUCCAAAAGGAGAAAUACAGUUGGCUUGGCAGUAUGGGACUCAUUAGUUGCUAAAAGAGCUGGGAAGCUCAAAACGAAAAC